AUGGAUGCGGUCGCCAGCUCCGGGCAGUUCGUUGGCGUCGCGGCGGCCACGCUCCUGGCGGCGAUCUUCCUCGCCUCGGUAAUGCGGUGGCGGCGCCGCCGCUGUCAACGACGGGAGGCUGCGUCGGAGGGUGGCUGCAGGGUUGGCGGCGGCAAAGGGGGCGACCGGACGGACAUCAUCAUCGUUGGCGCCGGGGUCGCCGGAUCUGCGCUCGCCUACACGCUCGGAAAGGAUGGGCGACGAGUGCAUAUUAUAGAGCGGGACAUGACAGAGCCUGAUAGAAUUGUUGGUGAACUGCUACAACCUGGUGGCUAUUUGAAAUUGAUUGAGCUGGGUCUUGAGGAUUGUGUUGAAGACAUUGAUGCUCAGCGUGUCCUUGGUUAUGCAUUGUUGAAAGAUGGGAGAAACACCAAGCUUUCUUAUCCCUUGGAGAAGUUUCAUUCGGAUGUUGCUGGUAGGAGCUUUCACAAUGGACGGUUUAUACAGAGGAUGCGUCAAAAGGCUGCAUCUUUGCCUAAUGUUCAAUUGGAGCAAGGAACUGUUACAUCAUUGCUCGAGGAAGGCGGCACAGUUAAGGGUGUUCAAUACAAGACAAAGUCAGGUGAAGAGUUAAAAGCCUAUGCACCAUUGACAAUUGUAUGUGAUGGCUGUUUCUCAAAUCUGCGGCGUGUCCUUUGCUCUCCAAAGGUUGAUGUGCCAUCCUGUUUUGUUGGGUUGGUUUUGGAGAAUUGUCAACUUCCUCACCCAAACCAUGGUCAUGUUAUCCUGGCUAAUCCUUCACCUAUCCUAUGCUACCCAAUAAGCAGCACUGAGAUUCGCUGUUUGGUUGAUAUCCCUGGGCAGAAGGUGCCUUCCAUGGCAACUGGUGAAAUGGCACAAUACCUCAAGUCUGUGGUUGCACCUCAGAUUCCUCCAGAACUCCGUAAUUCUUUCAUUGCAGCAAUUGAUAAAGGAAGCAUAAGGACAAUGCCUAAUAGGAGUAUGCCAGCUGCUCCGCUUCCAACCCCUGGUGCACUUUUGAUGGGUGAUGCAUUCAACAUGCGACAUCCUUUAACAGGUGGUGGAAUGACCGUUGCGUUUUCAGACAUUGUUGUCCUACGCAAUCUUCUGAAGCCCCUCCGCAAUCUGCAUGAUGCGUCUUCCCUCUGCAAGUACCUUGAAUCAUUCUAUACACUGCGGAAGCCGGUUGCUUCUACAAUCAACACAUUGGCUGGGGCUCUAUACAAAGUCUUCUGUGCCUCAACUGACCAGGCUAGGAAUGAGAUGCGCGAAGCUUGCUUUGAUUACUUGAGCCUUGGAGGAGUCUUCUCAAAUGGGCCUAUUGCUCUUCUCUCUGGCCUGAAUCCUCGGCCCCUGAGUUUAGUAGCCCACUUCUUUGCUGUUGCUAUCUAUGGCUUUGGACGCCUGAUGCUCCCCGUCCCUUCGCCUAAACGCAUGUGGAUUGGAGCGCGACUGGUUUCAGGUGCAUGUGGUAUCAUCUUCCCAAUCAUCAAAGCUGAAGGUGUGAGGCAAAUGUUCUUCCCUGCUACAGUCCCCGCAUAUUACAGGGUCCCUCCUCCAAUGGAGUAAGAAUCUCCAUGUUAGCCUAUCGUGUUUGUUGAUUAUUUUUUUUAUUGUUUUCUUUUUUUGAGCUGUCUAGUGCUUGGUUAGAGUAGUGUGUGUUGUUUUCGAUAGAAAGUUGGGAUGCAUGUCGAUUGUCAAUGCGAAGUUUUAUAUCCCUCUGAACUUGCUAAUGCGUGUUGGUCA